GGUCUCGCGUCACUGCGCGAGCUGGUGGGCUCGGAAUCUUUGUCGCAGCGUUACUUUUUCGUGAGUGCACUAAGGUCGUUGCGCCCAGAGCUGGAGCUCAUCGCACAUGACGAUGCAUGCCACUUGCAUAGGUUCAGCAGCGCGGCACGCGAGUCCCACUCAGCCCACGCAGCCGCGAUCGCCCCGCCGCGCUUGAAGCGCUGCGUGGACGAUUUUCACGCGACUGGCCACGCUGAUGCAUGGUGCCUGGCAAAUUGCCACCCGCAGAACCCGUCUCUGGCCCACCUUGUGCAAGGGUUCCGGUCCAGCGCGUGCGAGUUCACGUUCACGUGGUUGAGCCAGUGCAAUGAGACGGGGCCA